CUGAUGGAAAAAAGCUAACAUAUUCUGAAGAUGAGAGAUUCAGAGACAGACUAAAUCUGAACCAGACAGGAUCUCUGACCAUCACAAACAUCAAAACCAAACACUCUGGACUUUAUCGUCUACAGAUCGACCUCAACAGUGGACCCUUAAAUGUGGAUUACACUGUUACUGUCAGUGAGUCUCCGUCUGUUAUUGAUGCUGUCAAAGGUGAAAUGAAGAUGGAGUCAGUGAAGGUGGGAGAUCGUGUCACUCUUCAGACUGAUGUUACUAAAGUACAUGGAGAUGAGCUGAUAGUGUGGAGGUUUGGAGAUGAAGGGAAACUCGUAGCUAAAACUGAUAUAGAGGCUAAGAGCUCACCGUUAUAUGAUCCUGAUGAGAGAUUCAGAGACAGACUGGAGCUGGAUCAUCAGACUGGAUCUCUGAUCAUCACACACAGCAGAAUCACAGACUCUGGACUCUAUAGAGUGAAGAUCAGCAGCAGCAAACAGACUCUGUACAAGAGAUUCACUGUUACUGUCAGUGGUGUGUUUGGUGCUGAUGAAGAUAAAGUGAAGGCAGUGAUGGAGGGAGAUUCUGUCACUCUAAACCCUGAUCCUGCUCAAACACAGGGAUUUAUUGAUAUAGAGUGGCGGUUUAAAGAUAACAAGAAACCCAUUGCUGAUACUGAUGGAAGUAAGCAAACAUAUUCUGAAGAUGAGAUAUUCAGAGACAGACUGAAUCUGGAUCCUCAGACAGGAUCUCUGACCAUCACAAACAUCAAAACCAAACACUCUGGACUUUAUCAUCUAAAGAUCGACCUCAACAGUGGGCAGUUAAAUGUGGAUUACACUGUUACUGUCAGUGAGUCUCCGUCUGUUAUUGAUGCUGUCAAAGGUGAAAUGAAGAUGGAGUCAGUGAAGGUGGGAGAUCGUGUCACUCUUCAGACUGAUGUUACUAAAGUACAUGGAGAUGAGCUGAUAGUGUGGAGGUUUGGAGAUGAAGGGAAACUCGUAGCUAAAGCUGAUAUAGAGGCUAAGAGCUCACCGUUAUAUGAUCCUGAUGAGAGAUUCAGAGACAGACUGGAGCUGGAUCAUCAGACUGGAUCUCUGAUCAUCACACACAGCAGAAUCACAGACUCUGGACUCUAUAGAGUGAAGAUCAGCAGCAGCAAACAGACUCUGUACAAGAGAUUCACUGUUACUGUCUAUGGUGAGGAACACAAGCUUUCUGAGAGAAUGAUUGUUCAUCAGCUGUGA